GUGCAUUUAACAGGCUUGCAAAACCUUUGACAUUUGCUGAAAACUUUUCAAGUUGUUGUUCGGCAAGAAAUUGCUUUUCGCCGAAGCCCCUGAAAUGCUGGACCGUCAAUUAACAGGGAAUAAUUUUGCGUGGUGCGAACGAAAAUGACUUCAGGUGCAGGAAAUGAUUGCGAAGAAUUAGAAUAAAAAGAAAUCGAUAGAAAGUCAAAUAAAUAGAGAGAGAGUUAUGCAAUCGUAGCGUGCACAGCAGCUUAUUUAUAGCUGGGAAAGGGGGACAGCAUCCGCAGCCAAAGGCCGGCAAUUGGUUAGCAGCUGCUCCGCUCAAACUCCCGGUUACCCAACCACCCACUUCGGGGCAACCAGCCACCCACUCCAACCACCGAGCGGUUGUUAUGGCAUUCGUUGAACGCAUUUUGUAACAUGACAAAAUAGCGUAGCAUACAUUUCAGGGGUUGCAAAUGUGCAACAUUGAUUGGCACGGCCAACUGGCAAAUUGGCAACGGGGCCUCCAACUGGGGAUCCUGCGCAGGCGCAGCUUACGGGAUUACAUAACCCGACAAGCCGAUUCGAAAAGGAUGCUGGCCAGGUGAAGCCAGGAUAGCCGAAACAGAAACAGAACCACAACUGCACUUGUUGCUGUCACAGCGCGACGGUUCGCGAUUAUUUCGAAUAAAGAACGCGACGGGAAAAAAUUAAAAAAAAAAAAACACCUUAACCUAAGUCAACGAACGCCAACGAAGCUAAUCAAUUCCGAUUCCUUAACCCCUUGCAGCCAUUCAAAAUGUGGCAAGUUGAGCAUAUGGAAAUCAAUUGCUGCGUGAACAUUACCUGAACUUUAAGCCAAAAGCAAAAGCACAUAUGAACAAAAUUAUGUGAGCGUGUAAAUAGUUUGUGGCAGUUGUGAGCAAGUUUUCAAAAGAAGUGGAAAGUUUCGGACUUUCUUCGGUUCUUUGUUUGUUUUCAAUAAUUUAAAAAUUGUGCGGUUUGAAGUGGAUUAUCCGGCAGACCCGAAAAUGGACGACGAAAGCGAUGACAAGGAUGAUACGAAAAGCUUCCUUUGCAGAAAGUCGCGCAAUCUCAGCGAGAAGAAGCGGCGGGAUCAGUUCAAUUCGCUGGUUAACGAUCUGAGUGCCCUGAUUUCCACCUCCAGCAGAAAGAUGGACAAGUCCACGGUCCUGAAGUCCACGAUAGCCUUCCUGAAGAACCACAAUGAGGCCACCGAUCGCUCGAAGGUUUUCGAGAUUCAACAAGACUGGAAGCCCACAUUCCUGAGCAACGAUGAGUACACCCACCUGAUGCUGGAAUCGCUGGACGGUUUCAUGAUGGUCUUCAGCAGCAUGGGCUCCAUCUUCUACGCCUCGGAAAGUAUUACCUCCCAGCUGGGCUAUCUGCCGCAAGAUCUGUACAACAUGACCAUCUAUGACCUGGCCUACGAGAUGGACCACGAGGCAUUGCUUAACGUCUUUAUGAAUCCCACUCCGGUCAUCGAGCCCAGACAGACGGACAUAAGUUCCAGCAACCAAAUCACAUUCUACAUCCAUUUGCGGAGAGGCGGGAUGGAGAAAGUAGAUGCCAACGCCUACGAGCUGGUCAAAUUCGUGGGUUACUUUCGCAACGAUACCAACACCUCGACGGGUUGCAGUUCGGAGGGUUCGAAUGGCUCCAAUGGACAGCCUGCAGUCCUGCCGCGCGUCUUCCAGCAGAAUCCCACUGCCGAGGUGGACAAGAAGUUGGUCUUCGUGGGCACCGGUCGAGUCCAGAAUCCGCAAUUGAUCCGCGAAAUGAGCAUCAUCGAUCCGACUAGUAACGAGUUCACCUCGAAGCACAGCAUGGAGUGGAAGUUCCUGUUCUUGGAUCACCGAGCUCCGCCGAUCAUUGGCUAUAUGCCUUUCGAGGUUCUGGGCACUUCUGGCUACGAUUACUAUCACUUUGACGAUCUGGACAGCAUUGUGGCGUGUCAUGAAGAGCUUCGACAAACAGGUGAGGGCAAAUCCUGCUACUACCGAUUUCUGACCAAGGGACAGCAAUGGAUUUGGCUGCAAACGGACUACUACAUCAGCUACCACCAGUUCAACUCCAAGCCAGACUACGUGGUCUGCACCCACAAGGUGGUCAGCUAUGCGGAAGUCCUCAAGGAAAGUCGAAAGGAGUCGUCGAAGUCGGGCAACCUCAGUAGCAAUAACAACAAUGGCAGCAGCAAGGUCAUCGCCUCCACGGCAAACAGCAGCAAAUCCGCAUCUGCCACCACAACGCUAAGGGAUUUCGAGCUGAGCAGCCAAAAUCUGGAUAGUACUCUUUUGGGAAAUAGUUUGGCCAAUUUGGGCAACGAAACGACGGCCACAUCGCCGGCCGUGGACUCAUCGCCAAUGUGGUCGGCGUCGGCUGCUCAGCCUUCUGGUUCCUGCCAAAUCAAUCCUCUGAAAACAUCGCGACCUGCCUCGAGUUAUGGAAACAUCAGUUCCACGGGAAUAUCACCGAAGGCCAAGAGGAAGUGUUAUUUCUACAACAAUCGGGGGAAUGACUCGGAUUCUACCUCUAUUUCUGCGGAUUCGGUCACCAGUCGGCAGUCCAUGAUGACGCACGUUAGUUCGCAAAGCCAACGACAGCGAUCGCACCACCGCGAGCACCACCGAGAGCACCACCACAGUCAGUCGCAUCACCACCUGCAGCAGCAGCAGCAGCAGCAGCAUCAGAGUCAGCAGCAGCAGCACCAGCAACUGCAACAGCAGCUGCAGCACUCGGUGGGCGCACCGAAAAUGGUGCCCCUCCUGCCGAUCGCACCCACGCAGAUAAUGGCGGGGAAUGCGUGCCAGUUCCCACAGCCCGCCUAUCCACUGGCCAGUCCCCAGCUGGUGGCGCCCACCUUCCUGGAGCCGCCGCAGUACCUCACCGCGAUACCCAUGCAGCCGGUGAUCGCUCCGUUUCCGGUGGCGCCCGUCCUGUCGCCGCUUCCGGCGCAGGCGCAGCAGGAUCUGCUGCCCGACACCGUGGUGAUGACGCCCACGCAGAGCCAGCUGCAGGAUCAGCUGCAGCGGAAGCACGACGAGCUGCAGAAGCUCAUCCUGCAGCAGCAGAACGAGCUGAGGAUCGUCUCGGAGCAGCUGCUCCUCUCGCGCUACACCUACUUGCAACCGAUGAUGUCGAUGGGCUUCGCUCCGGGAAACAUGGCAGCUGCGGCGGUGGGCAACAUGACUGCCGCCGGCCAAAGGGGUCUGAACUUCUCGGGGAGCAACGCAGUCCAGCCGCAGUUCAAUCAGUACGGGUUCGCCUUGAACUCGGAGCAGAUGUUGAACCAACAGGAUCAGCAGAUGAUGAUGCAGCAGCAGCAGAACCUGCACACGCAGCACCAACACAACCUGCAGCAGCAGCAUCAGAGUCACACGCAACUGCAGCAGCACACUCAGCAGCAGCAACAACAGCAGCAACAGCAGCAGCAGCAACAGCAGCAGCAGCAACAGCAGCAGCAGCAACAACAGCAGCAGCAACAACAACAGCAGCAGCAGCAGCAGCAACAGCAGCAACAGCAGUUGCAACUGCAGCAGCAGAAUGAUAUUUUACUGCGCGAGGACAUCGAUGAUAUAGAUGCCUUUCUCAACAUGUCUCCCCUGCAAUCCCUCGGUUCGCAGUCCACAAUUAAUCCCUUCAACGCCAGCAGCAAUAACAACAACAAUCAGAGCUACAAUGGUGGCAGCAACUUGAACAACGGCAACCAGAGCAACAACAACGGCAGCUCGAAUCCCCCGCAAAACAACAACGAGGACUCGCUGUUGUCCUACAUGCAAAUGGCCACCGAAUCGAGUCCUUCGAUCAACUUUCACAUGGGCAUCAGCGACGAUGGCUCCGAGACCCAGAGCGAGGACAACAAGAUGAUGCACAGCUCCAGCAGCAAUCAAAUGCAACAGCAACAGCAGCAGCAGCAACAUCAGCAACAUCAGCAGCAGCAGCAGCAGCAAAUCCUGCAGCAACACCAGCAGCAGUCAAACAACUUCUUCAGUGCGAAUCCCUUUCUCAGCAACAGCCAGAACCAGAACCAAAAUCAGUUGCCGAACGAUCUGGAGAUAUUGCCCUACCAGAUGUCCCAAGAGCAAUCACAGAAUCUAUUCAACUCGCCGCACACAAACCCGGGCAGCAGUCAAUAGCGGAUCAGCGAUGUAUAUAACUCUCUUUAGCGAUAGAAUCGAUUUAAGGACCUCCCAGCACCCCGUUCACCUGUGUAUUAUGCUAGAUCCCAUUCAAGUUUGGCCUCUGGCUCUCUUUAUCGAAACCCCUGUUAUUGGCUACCCAGAACUAGUUGUAGAUCUCAACAGACUGAGUAUUGUUCUACCCCUGAUUUGUCGUAUAUGAACUAGGUGUAUUAGCGUUCUCAAAAUAUUCCACUGUAGUUAGGCUCUAAGCUGUUGUACUAUUAACCUAGUUUGUAGCAAGAGCCCAUCGUUUCCUUAGCUUAGCCUUAUCCAGUAAGUGCCAUCGAGGCGCAAACAGGGAUCUCUGAUACGUAAUCGAACCUUAAAGCCUAAACCUAAGUUAUUUGUAUUUAGUUAAAAAACGAGAAGCGACUGGCAAGCAAAAGAGCUGGGCAAGCCAAUCCAAUUCCAUAUUAUUUUCAAGACUGGGCUUCGUCACCGAGGUCAAACAAGUUAUUUAUCGUAGAUACGCGUAUGUUUAAUCCAAAACUCAGGUUGAGAUUGCAACUGACAUUUAUUUUGCUGUGAACAUAUUCCCAUAAGUUAACUUCAGGCCCGAUCUUUUCCGACAGCUGAAAUACCAUUAGUUCGGUCGACAUUCCCACUCCCUUGUAUUAAUAUUUUGCUGUUGGAAAAGCUCGUUCGAAUAUGCUUCGAUCUUCAGCUGAUAAAGAGCCAAAUGCUUUAAACUUAGAACGUGUAAAUAGGAGAAACCAUCUUAAACUCAACUACAACUACCUUAAUAUUUAUAGUUAAACUAGUGCUUAAGCUCUGUACAUACCUAUAAGAC